ACUCAUCUAUCAAAAAUAACUAUGCAAAUAUGUGAAUCAAGUACAACAAUCAGACAAUAUAAUGAUUUACACAAAGAAAAUUUAAAAAAUAUAUUUAUGUUAUGUAGUCUUAUUUUAUAUUCUUUAAAUAAUGUAAUACAAUAUUAUACAUUAUUUUUUCAGAAUUGAGAAAUACAUAUAAUAUCUUAUCCGCGCAUAGCGCGGUUAAAAAAUCUAGCUAGCUUUAAAAGCCAUAAAAACCUAUGAAAGUAGGGAGAUAUAUUUGAUUAUUCAAACCUUUCAUUAUAAUGUUAGACUACUUCCAUCUUAACUGCACGGAACUAGUUCGUCUCCUCGCAGAAACAGCCCUAAAUUACUCUGAAUAUGGAAAGGAACGUUCGCUUUAAUGAAACCGACAGAAACAUCAUAAUUAACGUUGCGUCUGGUGGUGUGUGCACACUUGACGUUAACCAUGUUGGCCGACUUAUGCCACCUCCGGCCGUUGAUGGAUCCCCUGUUCCUUCUCCUGGCUCCUGCUAACCCUAAGGUUUUCUUUUAUAUGACGGUGGAUGCCAAACCGGCUGGUAUGAUCGUGAUGGAGCUCUUCGCCCACACGACCCCGCGGACGGCAGAGAACUUCCGCGCCCUCUGUACUGGCGAGAAAUGCACGGGGAAGCUUGGCAAGCCACUCCAUUACAAAGGAUCAAUCAUCCACCAUGUCGAUCCCGGUUAUAUGAUUGCCGGAGGAGAUAUCAUUGACGGAGGGAAAGGAAACGGAGGCGAAUGUAUCUACGGCAGUAGGUUUUUCGAGGUUGAGAACUUCAUCAAGAAGCACACCGGUCCAGGUAUCCUCUCCAAGUGGAACCGUGGUCGAAACAGCACUGGAUCUCAGUUCAUGAUCCACGCAAAGGCGAAUCCGGAUCUGGACGACGAGUGUGUUGUGUUCGGCCAAGUUGUUCAAGGAAUGUAUGGGGUCACGAGCAUUAUGGCUUUGAGCACGAAUACUUCCAUACCCGUUGCGGUGAUCUCCAACUGCGGUCAAAUUUCAUAGAUAUUUGUGAGGUUUUCAUCUUACGUCGUUUGAUGUGUUUAUGUUCGUAUUUAAGUUUAGAUGGGCUACGUACCAUUGAAUAACGAUAAAACAUGAAUAAGGUUGGAGUCAACAUUGUUGCCGGUUAAGUUGGAAUCAUGGUUAGUGAUUUUCGGUAGUACCCGGUUUAAAUAAGCGCCAACCAUCUGCGUGCCAAUUCAUAACGAGCUUUUUCUGGAAUUUUGCAUUGUAACUCUUGCCUAUUUCAGACCAAAGCUUUCCAAUUUCAAACCAAUCAAAAGCGCACAUGCUCAGGUGUCCAUGCUGGUUUUUCUGGGAAAUCAAAUACAAACAUAAUUACAAGAUUCAGCAAAUCAACCUAACAAUAAGAUAAGAAGAGGAAGCAAACGACUUAAACAAAAGACUUAAACAAAAAAGAAAGUAUGGUUUGAUUUAUGGGAAAAUAUUCCAAUUUCUACAUACUUAAACUCGCCACAGGCGAAACAGCAAAGAGUACCAGUUCGGGCAAGUCGAGUCUGAUCCACGGGAACAACAGUUGUGUCCGUAGGAGUAGGAUUUGUGGUUGCAGGCGGGAAGGUUGUGGUUGUUGAUCGUUGUCGUGUGGAGUUCCAAGAAAAAAUUGUCUUGUUUUGAGGUUCUACUGUAAGUGCUUGUUGAUGAGCUUCUGAGAUCGUGAGAGGGUUGAAUAAAUUCAACGUGUGUUGAAUUUUCUGUCGUAAGCCACCAAUAAAGCGAGCCACUAUUUGUCUUUCAGAAUCAUAGAUAUCAAUCCUCGUGAGCAGUAAGAAAAAUUAUGUGGCAUACUCUUCGACUGUACGGCUUCCUUGUCGUAAGUGUUGCAACUUUUGAAACAUAAGCUGAUCAUAGUUGUAUGGUAGGAAUGUCUUGUGGAGGUGUUUCUUCAGCUUGUCCCAUGAUGCUAUCUUUGGUUUAUUCAGACGGGUUCAGGUUGCUUUAAGCUGUGUCCACCAAGCGGCAUCUCUGGUGCGGAAACGCAUAGCUAAUACAGGAACACACUGAUCAAGGGGAACAUUUUUGAAUUCCAAAAUCUCUUAUACGGUUGCGAUCCAAUCAAGUAAUUCCUCUGCAGUUGGUCCCCCGCUGAAUUCCGAAUUUCUGUUUUAAAGCGCCAUUCCCAUCAUUCUUCGGAAGGUUGUGCAUUAUGAUCACGAGGUCAGUUGCGGCCGAGAACAGCGAACGGGUUCGCAUCUUCCUCGUCUUCAGCUAGGUCAUCGUUAUUAAGUUCUUCGACUGGAGCGGGAUUACGGUUAGCGGCCAAGGCUUGCAUGGCCUGCGUGAGUUGACCGAGUUGCUCUUGCAUAUGCUCCAUAGUGUGUUGUUAAAUUUUGGCUUGUGUUUCUUUGCGUGUGCGCGGCAUGGUUGCGGAAGGGUUUGUUUUGCUCUGAUACCAACUUGAUGGCGGGUAAGAACGAUAGUUCAGCUCAAUCUAGGGAUUUUGAUUAGAAAUCGCUAGAGACCUGCUACUUGAAGAAGAUGAAUCUAAUUGAAUCUUGUUCAAGGCUUCUCGAAAUAGAUGAAUUGAAUCAAAUCUCUCUCAAGGUAUAAAGCCAAAGCUAGUUUUAUUAAUUAUCAAAAGUCUAUCUCUAAAAGCCAAAACCAAAACACAAUAUAUAGGGAUCCAUCGUCAAAGUGACAACCAACUUAUGAUAAUCUUUCCUAUUCUAAGAAGGAAAACAAAGCAUUAAGACUUAUUGAAAAGGAAACAAAGAAAACGUGAGAAAUAAGGUAACUAAAGUUGAGGCGGUGUAGAUGUUGCUGCAUCAAUAACCUAUGUUUUUUUUCGAUAACUCAGAUACCUAGCUGGUAUGGGAUGUGGUGCCUCGUUAGGUACGUACCCCUAUCAUAUGAAAUAUCGGUCCAUUAAACUCAGAAAGCCAGCUGGCCCAGAAAUUUUGUAUAAAUUUCUACCGAUGGAUUGAACUCAGGGUGCGAUCAGAUUUGGCCGUUUCGCUCCCGAUCCUACAACCACUAGACCACAACCGCUGGGUUAUAACCUAUGGUUUCAAUUUUUGUAGUAACUAGCAAGCAUGUUUUAUAAAGUGGACACAAAUGUUUAUUGGAUUAACUUCUGAUAGGAUUGUUAUUUUGGUUUAUGGGGUAGGCUUUGAAUUAGAGAGGCAUUUUAUCUUCUUUUUUUCUUGUAACACAGAAGAAUAAAGGUGCUGCUUAGGAAAAUUGUGUUCAUAUGUCGCAAUUUCAUUUUGUUUAUGAAGAAAUAAAAUAUUUGUUACUUUGAUUUUUAAAAUGACCGUUUCCUAUCAAUGUACUUAAAUCAAUAUCAUUAUUUUAACUGUCGAUUUCGCCAGUAAAAACAACAUUUCUCUAAUACCAAUGUAACUGGUUUUGCAAUUAUAACUACUUGCUGUGGGCUAGAUACUUACCAUUAAUAUAUGCAACAACUCGAACACAAACAAAGAAAACCAAUGUAACGUCUCUAUUGCUCAAAAAAGAAGAAGAAUAACGUUCCUUUCUAGUAAACGUACAGUCAUACAUAGAGCUGUAAUAAUAUCAAAUAUAUUUUACUUUGAAACUAUUUAUUUCUAUACAUAACCUGAUAACCAGAGUUCAAAAUAUGUAAAUCUCAUCCUUGUAGAAUAAUUCUAACUGUCCAAAACCAUUUGAAUUCAUUAAAAUUGAUAGGAAACGGUAAAUCAGUGCUAUGGGAUGUAUUUUGAGAAAAUAAAGACUACCAACAGAUCAAAUUGAAGAAGAAACCAGAUCUCCCUUCCAUUAAAGCUGACCCGAAAAAUCUUAUUGCCAUGAAUGCUAAUGUAAAGAUUAUCUACUCUGAUGCUGCUUGGAAUCCUUUGUCUUGUGAUUGUGGACUACGUUGGUUCAUAUAAGCUUCUACAGGUAUCAGGCAAGGUUUUGAUAGCAGAACUCAUGCUGCCUCGCCUUAAAUUGCGGAGGCGAUGGCCCUUAAGUAUCAUCCAUGACAUCCGCGUGUAGAUUUGAUCCUUCACCUCUAUCAAAUUUCCUUUGGGAAAUGUACUUGCUGAUGGCUAUCCAAAUCAGCUCUCUCUUUAAUUUCUGUAUCCUUCGCUUUGGAUCUUUGAAUUAAUAAAAACGUUUAACCAAAAAAAGAAAAAAAAUACAUUUUUGAAAUUUGUCUGUAUCAAAAUCAGUAAUAUGAUUUUCUUUUUACAUCAAUAUUUCAAUUUUUAAAUGACUUAUGACGAAGAAUGAAUUCAUCACUAGAAGUGAAUUACUGUAAAACUGAAACUUGCUGUGGAAAAAAAACACACAGAAACCUGAUAAAAGUAGCUAAAUGAACCAAUGAUAUUUCAUGUAAAUUCGUAGUGCGAAUAUGUAUUAUUUCGGAUAUGUUCUUUUCAAAAAAAAAACAUUCAUUUAAAAUUAUUGAUAUAUAGUAUUUCUCUAUGAUUGAAUAUGCUUUUGUAUUUUUGAAUAACUAAUAGUACUCCCUCCGUUUCAUAUAUACAGUUAUAUAUUCUAGGGAAAAAAAUUGUUUCAAAAAAAUCUAUUUUAAUGCAUGUUUUAUUAACUAAUUGUAAACUUAAAAAAAAACUAAUUACACUUAUUGGAUUUUUAUUAGCUUAAAAUUAUGAGAAAGCGAUAAUCACAAAAAAUAUUCAAAUUUAAUAUGUUUUAUUUAAAAGUGUGAAAAUCUAAAAUAUGUAACAUUUUGAAACGAAAGGAAUAUUUUUUAUCAUCUAAAAAUUCUAUUAAAACAAGUAGCAUAUAAACUAAUAAAAACACGUUCUUUCCGGAACUAGAAGCCAAUAAAGAUCGAAAUCUUUCCGGAAAUAUAUGAUCACAAAAGAAAUCUAACCGAUAACUAGUAAAGAUAGACGACAAAGAAUAAUAAAA